GUUUGUGUAGUGUGGUUUGCUGCUUCGCUUCAAUAAUAGUAGUAGUACUAAACCGUGGAGUGGUACGCUCUCGCAGCGCCUCCACGUGCCCGUGUCACGCUCGCGCCGCGCCCCGCCACGCUCCUCUCGCCUCGCCUCGGCGUCGCGCGCCGCGCGCCGUUUUUGCCACGCCAAGUCGCCACCCUUUGGUGUUCGUCCCGUUGCGUGCUCCGCGCUCCCGCCCAUUUUUUUUUUCUCUCGUCCAGUCGGGGAGUGAGUGACAAUGCCGUCGACGGCGAGGGCGUAGGGUGGUGUCCGGGGAUGGGGUGCAGGAGCUCGCGGCUGGACGCGGCGGACGCGUCGCCGGUGGCCGCGCUCUGCCGGGAGCGGCGGGACCUGCUGCGCGCGGCGGCGGAGCGGCGCGCGGCGCUGGCGGCUGCGCACGCCGCCUACUUCCGCGCGCUCCCGCGCGUGGCGGACGCGCUCGCGCGGUUCGCGGAGCAGCACCACGCCGCCACGCCGCCGGGGUCGCCCGUGCUCACGCUGCCCCCGUCCGAGCCGGACGAGCACAAGAAGCGGAGCGCCUCCUCCUCCACCCUGCACACCGACUCCGGCCACUCCCACCUCCACUUCCACACCGACGGCGGCUCGGACUCCGAGCCCAACUCCGCCGACGACGACUGCGCCUGCGGCGCCGCCGCCGCCGCCGCCGGCCACGGCGUCCGAGGCGAGAUCUCGCCGCCGGCGGAAGAGCUCCAAGAACGGCGAAUCCCGGAGCCCGGAGCAUCGUCCAGGCUGCAAAUGCCGUGGGAGUACGCUCCCUACGACCCCUACCCUUCCUCCUUCCCGAACGUCACAUUCCCCAAUUACUACUACAUGAAGGCGAGCUCGACGCCGGCGAACACGGUGUACCAAGAACCGUACGGCUACGGCAACUUCGCCGCCAAUGUCUCCUACAACGGGUACGACUACGGGUACAGCAACCCAAUGUACGGCAUUCCGGUGCCCCCGGAUGGGGAACGGCUGGCCGAGGAUCGUGCCCGGGAGGCGGCGGCGGCGGCGGCACCGGCGCCGCCGCCGCCGAUGCCAAUGCCGGAGGUCUCGCCCUGGGACUUCUUCAACCCGUUUGACUCCUACGACUACAACCAGCAGCUUCCGCAGUACAAGGAUGCCAAUGGAUCGUUCACGAGUAGCCCCAACUCGAGCGAGGUGAGGGAAAGGGAGGGGAUACCGGAGCUGGAGGAGGAGACCGAGCAGGAGUCGAUGAGGGAGUCGAUCAAGGCGAGGAAGGCGGUGGAGAGCACCGCGUCCACCCGGAUUGACAAUGCCGAUGCAGUGAAUGCCAAGGCGAAGACGGCGUCGAUGGAGCACAAGGAGUGCGAGAUCGAGAGUGUGGGGAGUGCUUCGGUUCUUGAUUCUGGAGAGGAGAGUGUGUGCAGCUGUGAAUGUGAUCAUGCCGAUGGCAAUGCCGGAGCAGGAGCAGCAACUGCGGCGCCGGCUGGAGAUGAUCCAAGGAUGGUGAAGAAGGUGGCCUCAGAGGAGCACUCGUCCAUGGUAGUGGCUGAAGAUGUGCUGCCGAAGAACUUCGGCACAAGGGAUGUUGCAGAUGUUGUGAAUGAGAUAAAGGAGCAGUUCAACUCUGUGGUCGCCUGUGGAGACGAUGUUGCUAGGAUCCUUGAGGUCGGAAGUAUGCGGUACCGGCCUCGGAGAAGAAUUGUGAGAUUGGUAUUUUCGCGGUUGAUGGGGGCCUUUGCCUUGUUGUUUUCUUCUGUAUCUGAGCCCCCUGUGGAGAAUUUGGAGCAGACAGCAUUAAGUGCAUCUGGAAGAAAUCAUAAUUCGAGUCAAAGAAUUGGUAGUGCCAGUGAUAUUGAGUUUAAUACUCUUUCUUCAGUAAUGGAUAGGUUGUACGUGUGGGAGAAGAGGCUUCAUAAGGAAAUUAUGGAGGAAGAAAAAUUGAGGAUCACAUAUGACAAACAAUGGAAGCGCCUGAAAGAGUUGGACGACAAUGGUGCAGAACCAUAUAAAAUUGAUUCUACACGGGCCUCAAUUAGUACACUGCUCACCAGAAUCAACAUUACAAUUAGAUCAGCCAAAGUUAUUUCUAGGAGGAUUCACAUACUACGAGACGAUGAGCUACAUCCACAUCUUGUUAAACUUAUUCAAGGGCUUGUGAGAAUGUGGAAAUUCAUUCUUGAAUGCCAUCGGAAGCAAUUUCAUGCCAUACUCGAAACUAAAUCUCAUGUUCUUAUCCCUAAGAAUGGGCCAGAAAGGAACUCCAAGAUUACACUCGAACUAGAAAUGGAACUUUUGAACUGGUGUUCCUGUUUCAGCAAUUGGAUCCUGUCACAAAAGGCUUAUAUUGAAACUCUCAAUGGCUGGUUAGUCAAAUGGCUUCCUGAGGAAAAGGAGGAAACACCUGAUGGGAUCGCACCGUUUUCUCCUGGUAGGCUUGGAGCUCCAGCUGUGUUCAUCACAGCUAAUGAUUGGUGUCAAAGCAUGAAAAGGAUACCAGAAGGUACUGUCAUAGGUGCAAUGGAGGCUUUCGCUGUUAAUGUGCACAUGUUACGGGAGCGGCAGGACGAAGAGCAGCAACAGAAGCUGAAAGCUGACUAUUUAUCUAGAGAUUAUGCAAAGAGGCUCAAAUCUUUUCAAAAGGAACAUGGCUUGGCUGGACAUCAUGAAGCUGAUAAGACGGUGUUGCCUGUUGCCGAAAAUAACAGAGCAGUUGAUAGCCGCAUUGUAGCUUUGGACGCAUUGCAUAAGAGAUUGGAUGAACAAAGAUCUAGGCAUGAGGAAGCCGUGAAUCAAAUCCAAGAGUCAAGUGCAACAGAUCUGAAAGCAGGUCUAGGUCCAAUAUUUGAAGCAUUGGAAUCUUUUACCCAAGAUACGCUGAAAGGUUAUGAAAAUGUAAGAAUUCCAAUCAAUGGUUGUGGAGCUUGAUAGUUAAAUAGGUCUUCCCCUUUUGCUUCUGAUAGCUUGUACUUUGGGCGGAACAAAUGAUCUCGGGAAUCAAUGGUAAGAAUCAGCAAUACCGCAUCAUUAUACCAGUCAAUACCAUUGUAUUUCUGAGUAAUGUUCGCUUAAUAUGCAAGAACGAAAGGUUUUGCGUGGUUGUGGCAUGAAGGAUUAUUUAUCAAUGCUUUGAGGUGAUUCCGAGAUAACGCUCAGGUAAUAUUUCCUGACCAGCUACAAUUGAUUAUGCCAAAUGAUCUGCUGGGAGCCCUGUUAUCAGGGAGGACAGCAGGGAAUUUUGUAGCCAUUUUCAGAUCGUGUACAUAUUAGUUAAGUUAGUAAUUUUGCAGAGUAGCAUAUUAUUUAUGUACCAUGUAAUCUGUACAUUGUAAAAGGUGUAUUUAUGCCCUGUUAUCACUAUCAGUUAAAAAAUGUAGCUUGGGUGUAUA